AAUGCAGGCUGCACUGGAGAUCACUACUAAAUAUUGCCGAAAUGAAUUGGAGGAGUAUGGGCAGUGUGUUUCCUCCAAACCUGGAAGUUGGCAGCAGGACUGUCACUUGCUGAAAGUGAAAGUUGUCCAGUGUACAUCCUUACACCCCGUUAUACAGAAGAUUCGCUCUCAGUGCGCUGAACCCUUCUUAGCUUUUGAGCAGUGUCUAAAGGAGAACCAGUCAUCUGUAGAUAAUUGCUCCAAACACGUCACAGAUUUCUUGCGGUGUGCUGAGAAUGUCAAGCACUCAGACUAAAUGGUAAUC